AUGACUUCUGCUUUCUUCCUGGUCAUCCUGUGCUUGGGAGUUGUGUCAGUUGCUUCAUCAUUUGAUCCUAAUUUGAAUGUCAAAUGGGAAGAAUGGAAGGUGAUGUUUGAAAAAUUAUACAGUCAGGAGGAAGAGGUAUUGAAAAGAGCGGUAUGGGAAGAAAAUGUGAAAAGGAUUAAACAGCACAAUAUGGAGAAUUCCCUGGGCAUGAAUACCUACACCAUGGAAAUAAAUGGCUUUGCUGACAUGACUGAUGAAGAAUUCAAGGACAUGAUAACUGGUUUUACAUUUCCAUUUACUGACACGGUGAGAAGUCCCUGGAAACGUGCACUUGAUAUUGAUUUUCCUAAAUAUUGGGAUUGGAGAGAUACUUUGCCCAAAUCUGUUAAUUGGCUAAAGGAAGGCUAUGUGACACGUGUGAAGGAUCAGGAAAAUUGUAAGUCUUGUUGGGCUUUUCCUGUGGCUGGUGCCAUAGAAGGACAAAUGUUCAAGAAAACAGGCAAGCUGAUCCCACUGAGUGUACAGAACCUAGUGGACUGUUCUAAACCUCAAGGCAAUAGAGGCUGUCGUGGGGGUACUACAUACAAUGGCUUCCAGUAUGUUUUGCACAAUGGAGGUCUGGAGGCUGAGGCAACCUAUCCAUAUGAAGCAAAAGAAGGACAAUGCAGGUACAAUCCUAAGAAUUCAGCUGCUAAAAUCACAAGAUUUGUGGCCCUUCCAGUAAAUGAAGAUGUCCUAAUGGAUGCUGUAGCAACUAAAGGGCCCAUUGCUACUGGAAUUAAUGUUGUCUACAGCUCUUUAAGGUUCUAUAAAGAUGGUGUUUAUCAUGAGCCAAGGUGCAAACGUUCUGUGAAUCAUGCAGUUCUGCUGAUUGGCUAUGGAACUGAGAGAAAUGAAACAUAUACCAAUAACUACUGGUUGAUCAAGAACAGCUGGGGUAAACGAUGGGGAUUGGGUGGCUAUAUGAAGAUUGCCAAAGACAGGAACAACCACUGCGGAAUUGCUUCAUUUGCCCAAUACCCUAUUGUGUGA